CCUUUUAUUUUUUUUUAUUGAAAUUUACUGUGAUAUUGAUUGUAUAUAUUUUUUAGUAAAUGUUUAGUAAAUACUACGUGUAAUCUUUAUUCAUUAUUUCAUCAGUUUAAACCCUAGGAAAUAAUUUUGAUGAAAAUUGUACAGUAUUAUAGUAGAUUCUUUAUGUUUACAUGAUUACUUAAUUGGAUACAACAAACAUAAUAUUUCAUCAAAUACUAUAACAUUGCAUUGAAGUCUGAUUACUUGAUAGAAAAUGUCUUUUCAAUCAUUAGAUCUUCUCCUACAGCAAGCAAAUGUAUCAGAAAAUAAAAAUUUUACAAAAAAAUCAGACAAGAUUAAUUUACAAACACCAUUUGGCUUAAAUGAUUUAAUGUUUGAUGACAAUGAAUUAUAUUCUUGUGACCAAAACAUUACAUCUUCAAUGUCACAACUACAUAUUAAUAACCAAGUGACUGAUGAAUGCCAAAACAUAUCAGAUUAUAUAAGCAAACAUCUAUCAUUAUUAUCUUCGGAUGAACCUAAGCAUUCAGUUGUUGAAAAUAAUAAUAUUAUUGAACCAAAACUUCCUCUUUCUGACAUGAAAAGUGCAAGUUUCAUAAAUAAUAUAAAAUGUGAAGAUAAAACUAACUCUAAGCAACCUUUAAACAAUAAAGGUGACCAUAUUAAAAAAUAUAAAAUAUUCCGUACUAAAUCAUUAGCUAAGGUGCGGAAAUCACCUUUAGAAAAACCAGAUUCCGGUUUAAGUUUAACGUUGGGACGGAAAUACCCAAAGUCAAGUUUAAACUUAAUGAAUAAUUAUCUCUGUAAUGUGUUGAUCGAAACUCGAAGCCGUGGGUUCAAAUUUAAUACCCCUUCUCCAGACGAAUCAGUGUUAUCUUGGAUGGAUAUUGUUAGACAAAUGCCCAGUAAAUAAAUAAUUUGUAAUUUUGAUACUGUUAAAUGUAUUAUUUUGACAAAUUGAUUAAAUUGAAAGAACUG